UUUUAACCCUGCAAAUCUGCCGGAGUAAGGUAACGAGGACCCCUGGAUUGCAAGAUAAACGCAGCCAUAGUUUCAGUUUUAACUUAAAAAAAGAAGUGUAACAGUUGCCUACGCUCAUCUUUUUUUGCAGAAUUAUAGCAGCAAUUUUCUCCUUUUACUUCGCUCAUUCUUUGAGCAUGACCCACCAAGAAAUCUCUUCUUAUACUUACAUCAAAAUCCCCGUUGGCAGUCUCAUACACUCAACAGAAAUGGAAGAGGGAGAAGGAAAUAGGUUUGCCCAAGUAUUCAGAUUUCCAGGUCUUCACAUGAGAAGAUGUAUUUUUAAGGUACUUUCCCAAGCUGCAAUUCCAAAUCAUAUUGCAUUCAUCAUGGACGGAAACAGGAGGUAUGCCAGGAAGGAACAACUUACUUCGGAAGGCGCUGGCCACAGAGCCGGGUUCUUGGCGCUCAUGGCCAUGCUUAAAUACUGCGGCGAACUUGGAGUCAAGUACAUCACAAUCUACGCAUUUAGCAUCGAUAAUUUCCAUAGGCGCCCCGACGAGGUUCAAUUGUUAAUGGACCUGAUGCUGGAGAAGAUAGAAUUGCUGCUCAAGGAAGGUCAUCUUGCAGGACAAUAUGGAGUGAGGGUGAUUUUCAUAGGUAACCUCAAACUAUUGAGUGAACCUGUCAGGGCUGCAGCUGAGAAGGCAAUGAUAGCUACUAAAAACAACACUAAGGCCACAAUCUUGGUUUGUGUAGCUUAUACGUCUACCAAUGAGAUCAUUGGUGCUGUUGAAAAGUCCUGCAAGGGUAAAUUGGAUAUAUCACAUGCGAUUACGAUGAAAUCCAAAGAAGCCUGCGAUAGUGAAAACAAAUAUGCAGGACAUGAAUGGAUGCAUCAAGAUAAUGUAAAACUGGUGGACGUAGAGCGGGAAAUGUUCAUGGCAGUAGCUCCGGAUCCCGACAUCCUAAUCCGAACAGGUGAGAAUCGCCUGAGCAAUUUCCUACUCUGGCAGACCCCUAACUGCUUGUUGUACUCAACAAACUCAUUGUGGCCAGAAAUUGGUUUACGACACUUGGUGUGGGCAGUAUUGAACUUCCAGCGAGCUCAUUCUUACCUGGAAAAGAAAAAGAAGCAGCCGUAGAUGCACAACAUUCUCACAC